CUCUCUCUAAAAUCCACUAACCAGCUCACAAAUCCAGUACAGAUUCUCGCACACUGCUGCAGGAAAAACAAAAAUGGCGGUGUCUCUGCGCAUGACUUCGUGUUUCUUUGCAGGAGAAACGGCGUCGUUCGUGAAGUCGUCGUCGUCUCCCUUCGCCGUUAAGCUCGUCCCCGCUAACGUGCGCCCCGUGAGGAUUACGGCAGCGGCGGCGAAGCCGGCUGUGGAGACGAAGAAGCGGGAGCCGAGAGGUAUAAUGAAGCCGCGCCCUGUGUCGCCGGAAAUGCAGGCGUUCCUCGGCGGCAUGUCGGAGAUUCCCCGUACUCAGGCGCUCAAAGAGAUCUGGGCUUACAUCAAGCUCCACAAUCUUCAGGUACAUCCAUUUUUUUUGAAACCCUAGCCUGUUCGUCUUCUA